CCGACAUUCAAUUUACACUCAUCCAGUCCAUCCGCGAGCUUCCAGCUCAGCUACGGUGCUAGUGUUUUAGUUCAGUAGUUCGUAAAAAUGGCUGUCACUGGGUUGACGUAUUUGUCAACUACUCUCCUGUUGGCCGCGAUCGUCAGCCCCAGUUUGCCGAGAGUAAACGGAAAUACCCACCUGGUGCAUCGGCGCUUCGAAUACAAAUAUUCCUUUAAACCGCCCUACCUGGCGCAAAAGGAUGGAACGGUUCCCUUCUGGGAGUACGGUGGCAACGCAAUUGCUAGUUCGGAGAACGUGCGAAUAGCGCCCUCACUGCGCAGUCAAAAAGGUGCCAUCUGGACAAAGCAUAAGACCGCCUUCGACUGGUGGGAGGUGGACAUUGUGUUCCGUGUAUCCGGUCGGGGACGAAUCGGUGCCGACGGGUUGGCCUUCUGGUACACGACGGAAAAAGGUGACUACACCGGCGAUGUAUUCGGUUCCUCCGAUCAAUGGGUCGGUCUGGGAAUCUUUUUCGAUUCCUUCGACAACGAUAACAAGCACAACAACCCGUACAUAUCAGCUGUGCUCAAUGAUGGAACGAAGAAGUUUGAUCAUCAGAACGAUGGCUCGACACAGUUGCUUUCCGGGUGCCUGCGAGACUUCCGAAACAAGCCAUUCCCGACACGUGCCAAAAUUGAGUACUACAACAAUAUUUUAACCGUUCUGUUCCACAACGGCAUGACGAACAACGACCAGGAUUACGAAAUGUGUUUCCGAGCGGAGAAUGUCGUGCUGCCGAAAACGGGCCACUUUGGUAUAUCAUCUGCUACCGGAGGUUUGGCCGACGAUCACGAUGUUUUCCAUUUUCUGACCACCUCGUUGCACAUACCGGGACAGAUCAAGGAAGAGGUACCUCAGGAUCAAGAUCAGGCCAAACUAACCCAGGAAUACCAGGACUAUCAAAAGAAACUGGAACUGCAGAAAGAGGAAUACAGAAAAGAUCAUCCCGAAGAGCAGAAAGAGGAUGUGGACAGCUGGUUCGAAGACUACAACGCUCGCGAGUUGCGUCAAAUUUGGGAAGCACAAACUUCUACCCACGAACAGUUGAAAGCACUUAACACCAAGCUGGACGAGGUGAUAGGUCGUCAGGAGCGAACCCUUGGAUUGCUGUCUGUACAAGGAGGUGCACCACCACCACACAUUCAACAGCAAGCACCACCGCAGCCAGGCGUUCCACAGAUCGGAUCCGGAGCGGCUAUCCAGCGCCACGAGGUUGACGCGCUGCUGCAGAAUCAGAAUGUGGUGGUCCAAACGGUACGCGAGAUUCGUUCUAUCAUUGGUGAGGUGCACGCGAGAGCCGAUUCGAUUCUGAAUAAUCAGGCGCGUGCCCCUACAGCACAAAUUCAGGCCGGAGGAUACGAUAUGCAGAGUUUGAUACACGAAAUGCGCGACGGAAUGAAUCAAGUGAAACAAGGAGUCGCAGGUGUUACCCAAAGACUUCAGCAACCUAACGCACAAUCGAACGUGCAAUGCGCCACGCAGAACUGCGUCGGAAUGACGGCUUUCCUGGUGACGAUUGUCGUUCACUUAAUGGUGAUACUAGGCUACAAUAUGUACAGAGACAGUAAAGACGCUCAGGCGAAGAAAUUCUACUAAAAAAGCGUAUUGUGCUCGAGACAAUUACUAGCAAACCCGAGAGGAGUAACGUUCGAGCGCUAGCUAACAUCAAUGAAUGCAAAUUAUAGACUGUCCAUCCAACCAACAAACCAACCGUACAGCAUAUUCAGUAUGAUUACGAUCGAUUAGUUUAGUUAUACAAGAAAAUUAAGUGAUGAUGAAAAAAAAGUAUAUAGCAGCGUAAAUUUUGCGUCUGAAGCAGUAGUUCUAUCGAUUCAAUAAAUGGAUUUAGGAAAUCAUGAAAAUAUCCAGCUAGCAUCCGGGUAAUGCAACGGCACGCAGAAAGCAUUUAUUACUUAACACACAGCAAACGCACUGAAUCGGGUUGGUAUGGAGUGAUCGUUGGCGCGAGAGGAUCCUCGUUAGUUUUCAAAUUUUAUGUUGUCCUUUCUGCUUAUUAGUGAGUGAGAUUGAAUUUGAUGUUUUAACUGUUCGGUGGAUAUAACACAUUCUGUAGUAAUUUUAGUGACAGUUUAUGUUGGUUGCUGAUGCUACCAAUCACUGAAGCAUCUCGAAGUUCGUUCUUCCCAAUGGGUAGCCUAAAUAUUAUGCGGUUGUUUUACAAUAGUUUUUUUUUGAUGAAUGUCAGUGUAAAUGUGUGUUAUAUUUGUGUAUCGAUUCACAAGAACGAGAAUUAUUUAAAAAUAAACAAAGUUUAUUGAAUAUUG